UCCUCAAAUUCACAAAAAAGAAAGAAAUAAGAAAAGAAAAGAAAAGAAAAGGAAAUUUAAAAGAAAAGAAAAUCGUUAUUAAUUCACACACACUGACACACUCUCACAGCCUAGUUGUUGAGUAGUACUUAUAAAUAUGUGCUGCUUUAAUAGUAGCAGAAAGUCCUCUUUUUGCUCCUCACUCUCUCUCUCUCUCUCAUUCAUUUUUCUGAGCUAGAAUUUUUUUGUGCUUUUGAGGUAAUUCUCGCCGCCUUCAGCCGCUUGCAGAAAAUCUUGAAGAAGCGCAUUUUGAUAUCGUGGCUACUGCAGAAUUCAUAGCUUAGGCUCAGCGCAAUAAUUUCUGGGUUUCUCAUUUAAUAAUACGUCAAUUCUUGAAAUGAAGACUUCUUCAACCGCCGCUGCCGCUGCAUAAAAACAAGCAAUCAUUCCAGUUUCGAGUGAGGGAAUUUUUUCAAACUUGAAGAAACCGAAUAAGACUGAUCAAAAUCAAAACGAGAUCUGUCUGAAUCCCUUUCGAAGCGGAAAAAGAAUACAAUGUUGGCACAGAAGCAAGCAGAGGAAGCCAUUGUCUCCACCUUCAACGAGACUGAAAAUGACGGCGGCAAGGACGCGGCGGAGCAGGCGGAGCAGCAGCCCAUUUUCAGCGUCAAAAACGCCCUCUGGCACGGCGGCUCCGCCUGGGACGCCUGGUUCAGCUGCUCUUCCAACCAAGUUGCUCAAGUGUUGCUGACGCUUCCAUACUCUUUUUCCCAACUGGGAAUGCUGUCUGGAAUCAUUUUUCAAGUAUUUUAUGGGUUGAUUGGGAGCUGGACUGCUUAUUUAAUCAGUGUUUUAUACAUUGAGUAUCGAAGCAGAAAGGAAAAAGAAGGUGUAAGCUUCAAGAAUCAUGUUAUCCAGUGGUUUGAAGUGCUGGAUGGAUUACUCGGUCCAUACUGGAAAGCCGUGGGAUUAGCCUUUAACUGCACUUUCCUCCUCUUUGGUUCUGUCAUCCAACUCAUCGGCUGCGCGAGCAACAUAUACUAUGUUAAUGAUCAUUUGGACAAGAGGACUUGGACAUACAUAUUUGGAGCAUGCUGUGCUACUACAGUUUUCAUUCCAUCUUUUCACAACUACCGAAUUUGGUCGUUUCUAGGCCUUGGGAUGACCACUUAUACUGCUUGGUACAUGACUAUUGCAGCCCUUGUACAUGGCCAGGCUGAGGAUGUGCACCACUCUGGUCCGAAGAAACUUGUGCUUUACUUCACCGGUGCCACUAAUAUACUGUAUACAUUUGGUGGCCAUGCUGUUACUGUGGAAAUUAUGCACGCAAUGUGGAAACCUCAAAAGUUCAAAUACAUCUACUUGUUCGCCACAUUAUAUGUUUUCACCCUGACCCUACCGUCGGCCACCGCCGUGUAUUGGGCGUUUGGCGACGAGCUUUUGAAUCACUCCAACGCCUUCUCCCUCCUCCCGAAAAACGGGUGGCGUGAUGCCGCCGUCAUCCUUAUGCUCAUUCACCAGUUCAUCACAUUCGGGUUCGCGUGUACACCACUCUACUUCGUGUGGGAGAAGGUGAUCGGGAUGCACGACACAAAGAGCAUAUGCCUUAGGGCUCUAGCUAGGCUGCCCGUGGUGAUUCCGAUAUGGUUCUUGGCCAUCAUCUUCCCCUUCUUCGGUCCAAUCAACUCCGCCGUUGGCGCCCUUCUAGUCAGCUUCACCGUCUACAUCAUCCCCGCCCUCGCUCAUAUGCUCACUUAUAGAAAAGCCUCCGCUCGUCGGAACGCGGCUGAGAAGCCACCACCAUUCUUGCCGAGCUGGGCGGCAAUGUAUGGCAUCAAUAGCUUCAUAGUGGUAUGGAUAUUGGUUGUGGGUUUCGGGUUCGGAGGAUGGGCCAGCGUCACCAAUUUCGUUAGACAAGUCGACACAUUCGGACUCUUCGCCAAGUGCUAUCAGUGCAAGCCGCCCGCCCACGGCCAAGCGCCGCCGCAUUGAUCAAUACAUGUAUAUCUCCCCUACAAACUACAGUGAUUGUGUGUUUGUUUUGGUUUAAUUUUUUUACUAAUAUUUUUAUUUUAAGGAAAGUGCUAGGUGAGUUUAUCAUGCAUGUUUGAAUUCUGAUGAUUGCUUGUCAAAGAAUAGGCCGAUUAAGUUGAGUAAAGUCUAUAUAUGAUUUUCUUUUCUUUUUA